GGUCGCGAACUAUGGCCUAGUUUAUGCACAACACAGACACGGUGCACAAAACAGAAAUCUUUAUUGACUGGCCUUAAAUGGUGAGAAGGUGUAGUGAACUGGAAACUAUAAAUAUUGCCUGACUCGCUACUGUGUCGCAGUGAAUUGUUACAGGAGAAAGAACCUUGGCCAUGAUCACACUUGUACUCAUUGGGACUGUAGUUCUACUUGCUGUCUUUGCCUUCUACAAGUACAUGACCGCCAAUCAUGGAGUCUUCAAGAAAAUGGGCAUCGAACAUCCGCCGACCUCCUGGUUUUUCGGAAAUUUUAACCUGGCCAUAAAGUAUGGCGUCUUUGAAUCUCAGAAGAUCUUCUACAAUAAAUAUAAAGAUAAAAAGGUGUAUGGCUGGUAUGACUCUAGGAGACCAGUGAUGGUUGUCAGAGACCUGGACAUGGUCAAAGACAUUUUCGUCAAGAACUUUUCCAGCUUUGUUGACCGGUACACUCUCUUUGACGUGGACCCACCGUUCCGCGACAAUCUCCUCAACUUGAAAGGUGAACACUGGAAGCAUGUCCGAAACAUAGUCACUCCGACAUUCAGCUCUGGUCGAAUCAAGAAGAUGACGUCACACAUUCAGAAAAACGCCAAAGUUUUGUUAGAAAACAUUCAACACUUUUAUGAAACUGGACAGGAAGUUGAGCUGCGCGAUCUUAGUUCCUGUUUCACUUUGGACGUCAUCGCUAGCACUGGGUUCGGUCUAGAGAUUAACACUCUCAAGGAUCCCGAAAACAAGUUUGCCGCCGAGGCUAGAAAAGUGAUCAACCCUAAUCCGAUUCUUUUCACGAUAAUAUUAUUCAUCCCUGAGCUGACCAAGAUUUUCUCCAAUUUAGGUUUUCCCAUCCUGCCACAAAAGUCCAUGGUAUACUUCGCCCAGGUGGUGGAUCAGAUCAUAGAAGAACGAAAAAGAGAUGGACUCCAUGGGAAAGUCAACGACUUUUUAGAUCUCUUAAUGAAUGCUGAGACUGAAGCGGGACAUGAGGAAGGGAGAGAAUUAACAAGAUCAGAGUUGCAUGCUCAAGCCCUUGUUUUUAUUUUUGCUGGCUUCGACACAACGGCUACAGUUUUAUCGUUUACUUUGUUCUUCAUUGCCAUGAACCCGGAAGUUCUAAAGAAGGCCCAAGAGGAGGUGGAUGCUAAAUGUGGCCAGGAGUUGCCCACGUACGAUGUGGCCCAAACAUUGACUUACCUUGAUAUGUGUAUAAAUGAGGCUAAUAGGUUGGCCAGUCCGGCCAUAUUCAUUAACAGGAGAUGUGUCCAGGAUGCCUACAUUCAGGACAUUUACUUUCCCAAAGACAUGAUAGUUCUUAUUCCAUUGUAUGCCAUACAUUGUGACCCGGAAAUAUACCCAGAACCUGACAAGUUCGACCCUGAACGGUUCAUUUCUGAAAACAAAGCCACAAGACAUCCAUACGCUCAUUUGCCUUUCGGCCAAGGGCCAAGAAAUUGUAUUGGAAUGAGGCUGGCACUGUUGGAACUGAAGAUUGUCAUCGCCGCCAUAUUACAAAAGUUUACCCCUGUGCCUUGCAGCAAAACAGUCUAUCCAAUCAAAUUAAGUAAAAUGCAGCCCAGAGCGCAGGAUGGGCUGUGGGUUAAAUUUGAACAAAGAAGGAAAUAGGUAUAAAUGUUCCUAGUCACAUAAUGUGUAUGCAUUAAGGUCCACAACUGGCCAGCGUAAGUUCUCGUAACACCAACAUUUAGCUGUCAAUAAUUAUUAUAUUAUAGUGUGAAUAUUGUGAAAAAUUGUAUUAACGAAUGUUAAUAUAGGGUUUUUAUAUUAGUCCUCUUGACUACUAUUUAACCUUCGAGUGUAAAGCUGUUUUGCUCCGAAAUGAACAUCAUUUCAAUUAGCUUAAUUAGUUCAAACGGAACGGUGGUGACAACAUUGUGUUUAGGUCUGUCUACUUGAAAACAUCCCUCCCCCCAAUCACUCUAUGGGGCUACUUUCACCCUCAUCUGUGCCUUAGUCUUUUUGACCGUUUGGGUACCUACCCAUCCCCAUGUGACCUGCUGGACAUCUCACCGUUCCUUUCUGUCCAUUGCCUGAAUUAGAGUCUCUUUCAUUGACCAUUGGUAAAUGUUUGGGGGCUUUACAAUGUAGCUUGUCUUUAUCUGAGGUUAUCCCCCAAAUGCUAAUUACAAGUAAAUGAUCAUGCAUCUCAUUUGAGGCUGAUAUUGUUUGGAAGGGGUAGGAUCGGAUGUUUGCUGAUAGUCUAAACGAUGUGUCUAUAAACUGUAUUCUUUAGAUAGUUACUUUAUCCUAUCAAUCUAAUUGAUUUCCUGAGCUCGCAAAUGAAGUUGAGUUUCCCCUUUCAGACCUUGCGAUCUAUGGGGCAGAUGAUGUAAAAGGUAAUCUGUUACUGUGGCCCACGGUUAACGAGGGUGUCAUGUGGCCAGCACAACAACCAACCGCCUUUACUACUUAACCCUUCUCCCCAAAUACCAAAUAAUGUCAGGUACCCAUUAGAGACAUCAGAGGCACCAAAAGAACCCGAACUUAAAAAUCCCAGUCUUCACCAGGAUUCGAACCCGGGACCCCGGUUUGGAAGCCAAGCGAUUUACCGCUAAGCCACCGCGCCUCGCAAAUGAUUCCAAAAAAAAAUUGAAGGUUGGUAACCAAAUCAAUUACAAUAAUUCAUUUUGUUUAUCUCUUAAUCAAAUUUGCAGCCCGUCGUCCUUACAAGAGUGUGGACUACUAACAAAAGAUCCCAAUAAAAAAAAAAAAUCCCCAUAAUCCCUUACAUGGGGUCAAUGCUUCCAUCUUGGUCCAGAUGUAACCAAAGUUUAAGGUUAGAUAGUUCAUGUCGUACAUGUGCAUCUUGGGUGCUGUCACUAAGUCUUACCUUGUGGAGUCCACUUCAAUGUCUGCCUUGUGAUCCUUGUAGGCGAUUUACGUACGAUAUUUAUGCAUUUAAAAAGAAAACCUUUGGAAAAUAUUUAUUUUCUCACAUUUAAUAAAUAUUCUUGUUAUCUAUGAUUGUGUUUCAAUGUUUUUUUAAAUUUUUACUUUUGAAAAUCAAUUUUUAUAACUUUUUUAAUUCAAUAAAAACAUUCAUGUUC